AUGUCUACCGACAAGAUCUCUGUCCUUCUCAACUGGCAUGCCACCCCUUACCACUUGCCCAUCUUUGUUGCCCAAUCUAAAGGGUAUUUCGCCAAAGAAGGAAUCAAGGUUGCUAUCCUUGAGCCCAAUGACCCCUCAGAUGUAACCGAGCUCAUCGGUUCCGGAAAGGCCGAUUUGGGAUGCAAAGCUAUGAUCCAUACACUCGCUGGUAAAGCCAGAGGCUUUCCCAUCAAAAGUAUUGGUACCCUGAUGGAUGAGCCGUUUACCGGUGUGAUCUACUUAGAGGGUUCUGGUAUUACUUCGGACUUCAGAUCCCUCAAGGGUAAACGUAUCGGUUACGUGGGUGAAUUUGGUAAAAUCCAAAUUGACGAAUUGACGAAAUACUACGGUAUGACCUCCAAGGACUACACCGCUGUUAGAUGUGGUAUGAAUGUCUCCAAGGGGAUCAUUGAAGGUACAAUCGACGCUGGCAUUGGACUAGAAAACAUUCAACAAGUUGAACUAGAGGAAUGGUGCAAGGCCAACAACCGACCAGCCAGCGAUGUGAAGAUGUUGCGGAUCGACGAACUCGCCGAACUUGGGUGCUGUUGCUUUUGCUCGAUCUUGUACAUUGCCAACGAAGAUUGGUUGAAAGCCCACCCCAAAGAAGCCGGUGCCUUCAUGAGAGCCGUUAAAGCUGGUGCCGAUGACAUGUUUGCCGACCCCCGAGGUAGCUGGGCCGAGUAUUGCAAGGUUAAACCUGCGAUGAACACUCCAUUGAAUCGAUUGAUGUUUGAUCGCAGCUUCAACUACAUGAGCCAGGACUUGAGCAAUGUUUCCAGAGACUGGAAUAAGGUCACCAACUACUCCAAGCGCCUUGGUAUUGUUCCUGCUGACUUUGUCAGCAACUAUACCAACGAGUUUGUUCAAUGGGAGGUCGCCCCAGAGGGAGGCGAGGCCGAAGGGCUUGCGAAACAACAAGAGAUAAAGGCUUUACAAGCCCAUGUGGCCCAACAUGGAGGUGUCCUUCGUGCAGAGCUUUAG